AGCUUUGAUUAGAUUUUAUUCUGAUUACCAACUCGGGAUAAAGAAAAAUACUUCUUUCUUCGUUUGCGACUUCCAAAAAAGUGAUUUUUCUAUUUCUAUUUGUUGUUUAUAUAAUUUCAUAACAAUUUUUAUACAAAUCCAAACAUCUAAGUGAAGUAAACAAUAAUAAAUAAACAACAAAAACAACCGAAACCAAUCCAAUUCAUAUUCAAUUUUCUCCUAAAGAAAAAAACACACAAAAAGUAUCAAAAAAGAAACGAUAAAAUAGAAGAAAUAAUGGACCAUAAAAAAUCACCAGUGCGACGACAAAAACGACAAUCGAAGGCGAUCGAAGACAAUUUCUGGGAUUGCAGCGUUUGCACCUACAAAAACACAGCUGAAGCAUUCAAAUGCCGAAUGUGUGACGUACGUAAAGUACUAAACUCAUUCGGCCUUCUUGCAGGCACAUCAACACGGAAACCCCGUCUCAACUCAGCUUUAGUAGCUCAACAAAAUGCCACUCUACCCGGAGCCUCAGGUGCCAUACCAAAUGGCACCAAACCAGCCUCCACCUCCAAAUCUUCGGGUCAUGAUAGAAAUAAAAAUAAAAAAUAUCCUGCCCGUUUAAAAAACGUCGAUCGUUCGACAGCACAAACACGUGAAGUAACCGUUAAUUCCGUCACUGUAUUCAUAACCGAAUAUAAACCGAAAACUUUAGCAACUCGACGAGAAUCGAGUGAACAAAGUUUCAGUGAAAGUAAUGAUUCACGUAGUUAAAUAGAAAAACAAACAAAAAAUAAUAUUUCCACAAAAAAAUUAUAAAAAAAAAACAUAAAAAUAUGCACGCUUAGAUAAAAAUCACAUAAGCUACAUAAAAGUUUCUUUAUUUUUCAAGAAGAAGAAAAAGAAUGAAGAAAAACAUAAAUAUCACAAAAAAAAAACAAAAAUAAUCAAGAGAAUAGUUUAAUUUUAAAAUAAAAACAAAAGGAAUUUUUGUGAAUACGUAAUAAAAUAAAAGUUUAAAAAAAAAGAAAAUUAGGAAAAGAUCUUCGAGGACAAGUUCACUGCCUCGUGAAAUACACAAUUUUUGUUCAUUUAUCUUUAAAGAAAAAAAAAAACUAACUAAUACUACAAACAACACAAAACACACCCCCUUUUUCUCACAAAACAACAAAAACAAAAACAAAACACAUGUAAAGAACAAUUUUAUGUUAUAAAGAUUUUUUUAUUUUCUUUUUAAUUUUAUAUUUUUUAUUGAUUUAUUUUUAUAACGUGUGAUAAAAUUUUGAAUAGUAUUUAUGGAUUAUAAUUACAAAAACAUAAAAAUGGUAGUAGAUAUGUAGGAUAAGGAAUUUUAAGAGAUAACAAUUAUAAUUAUGAUUUUAAAAAUCUAGGAAUGAUAAAAAAUAAUUAAAAAUAAAAGUAAGUUCUCUGCCGAGCGAAUUUGAAAAAAAAAGAAUAAAAACAAAAAUAAGAACAAAAUGAAUAAAUAAUUGAUCUCGAAACUUUGCGAGAAGAAUUGCAUUUUCGAUAAACAAAAAGAAAACAUAUCAAAAAAUGCAAAAGUAUCUUAAAUCUCGUGAAAAGACACACCACGCUCAAGGCCGGCAGAGCGAUUGUACAUAAUGUGUUUGUAAAUUUUCUGAAUGCGCGCUAAAUAAGAUGUAAAAAAAAAAGAAAAGAAAAACAAAACAAAACUAAAAUUUAUUAUUUAACAUUUUAAGGCAAAAUUCAAAAUUGUUUAGGUUUUAAGUUUUUUGAGUUUUCUUAUUUUAAAACAAAACAAAAACAAUGUGUUCUUUUCUUUAUCAUGUAAUCUUUUUUUGUUUGUCUCUCCUCCCUUAAAAAAAACAACAAUACACACACCACUUCUUUUAUUUUAUUUGUUUAACUAUACAUAAUAUUAUUAAAAAAACACCAACAAAAAUAUGAAAAUAUAUAUUAAAAAAUAACAGGCUUUCAGUUACAGUGUACCAGCAUCUCUAUAUAUACCCACGUCUCACACAAGAAAUAGUGUAUUUUUAACAAAGACUGAUAUAUUAUUAUUGUAAUUAUUAUUAAUUAUUAUUAUUAGUUGUAUUUUAAAUAAAUAACAAAAAUCAAAUACUUAUGUGAAAUGAAACAAACAAGAAAAAACCUUCAAACAAAAAAAAAAACAUCAUAAAGUAAACAGCACGUCGUCGAUCAAUGUUGGAAUUACUACACAUAACAGAAAAUGUUUUGAGGAUAAUUAAAAGCAAAA